AUGUUGAGAGACAAUAUGGAUGUACACGCAAGUCAAAUUUUUCAACUAACUGCCGGACAAAUCAGAUCAACAGAAGAACUCUAUCACACACAAAUGGCUCUGAAUAAUACAAUUAAGAUAGUGAACGAACACUCCGACAUGAUCAGAGAGAAUCGAAUAGCAAUUAACACCUUAGCAGAAACAAUCAAAGCACUACAAAAGAAACUUUCGACAUUCAUACAUAAUGUAGAAACACAUUUUAUUCACGAUUCGAUCGAAGAUAUCUUGGCUAAUAAACUCUAUUUACGAUUCAUGCACCAUCAGGAUCUACCUCGAGUAAUAGAUAUUAUAAUGCAAGAAACAAAUAUACAUUUAGACAAAGAUAAUGAUGACAUACCACUCUUUGAAUUAGCCAGCCGUUUAUUGAUACAACAACGCGUCGAAUUUAUGCCAACACCCAACACACAAAGAAACGAUCAAGAUAAAAUGGGAAAGGACCCCGCCGGAUAA